CCGUCGUCUAAACGAAUACAACAGCCGAUGUCUUCUUAACAAAAUCAUCACUCGCUUCAUUCUGUGCGCGUGCGCAGCAUGAACUUAAGGCACGGCUCCUAAGUCAAUACCGUACAUGAUUGAUUGAUAUCGUCUGCUGUGAGUGAACAAGAGUGAGACAACGACACGCACAUUCUGAGUUCUGUUGUGAUCAUCGUCUAAUUACCGCAAGGGCCUGACCUGAUCAUGAAUUCCUCAAGUGAGUAUCGCCCCUUACUCAAUCAGGACCCUGAUAGGCAUAUCAACUCUCGGGCUUACACGUCUGACAGUAGCCAAAGCAUUAUGCUGGAAAAUCCUGUCUCUUGCUCUGGAGCGGGCGAAUCUGUAACCUCGCCGCUGGGACGCAAGCGCUGGCCGUGGGUCAUCUGGUUGUUGUUGAAGAUCAUUGGGUUGUACAACUACCGGCGGGCCGUGACGCGGCGGCCGUGUUACGAUUGCCGCCUGGCCGCGCUGCAGAGCCGGCAGCGGCAGCAGAUAUCAGGGGAGACGGGCGGGUGCGGUCCGUAUCCCGGAGCCGCCGUGAGCCGCGAUGAGGACGACGAGAAGGAGCAAGUAUUGGUCUGCCUGGUUGACGGCAACAUGAACACAGUGGCCGAACAAGACAGCCCGGGAACCCUUGCCGGUGACGCCUGCCAAGUCUGCCGCAGCGAAUGGUGGGAUGACCGAGGCAGGUAUCGUCCGUACACAGAGACUGAUAUCGGUGUGCGUAAAUGGAACCACCGCGGGAGUGCAGUACUCUCUUUCAUCUUUCCCUCCGUCCUGAUCUGUCUCAUUCUGUACGACUUCUUCUUCUAUCUCCGGGACUACUGGGGGCAAAAGCAGCAACUGAUCCGCCUCAUCAGUUACUCCACCUUCCUGACCUUCAACAUGACCAGUCCAUUCCUGAGCGUCGUGGCCAACGUCCGUAACGUGAUGAUGGACCACCGAUGGAUGACUCGGCGCCGGGGCUUCAGCUGGUACGAGUGUCUCGGCCUGAGGUACAUCGUCAAGCGCUUGCAGCACAUGGGGCUGGAAGCGGGUAUGGCAUACAAGCCCUACCUCGCGGUGUGCGUUAUCUGGCCUGCCCUUAAUGGGGGGUUACGCAUCGCCAUCUACUACCUUUUCGUCGUGCACAAAUCGAUGGAUGUCCACAUACAGAUCUCCCUUGCCACAGGAUUCGUGUGCAUGUUAGCCUGGGGCGGUUUCUGUUAUUUGAUGCUUCUCAUGCGACUGUCGUUUCAGAAGCAGCAGCGCUUGGAGCUGGCCUUUCUCUGGCGGCACAAGGGGCAGGUUGACGUCUGCCGGGGCCGACUGAGGCUGUAUGCCGAGGACCUGGGCAGCAUGUGCCGUCUGGUGUCCGGCUGGGUCAUCGUGGUGGUGGCUGUCUCCACCUGGGCGUUUACCACCCAGAUUUGCUGGGACUACCUAGUUAUCAGCACCGGCCUCAAGUUCAAAAACGCGGACCUGGAGCUCCAAAUCAACCUCCUGAUCUGGUCCGAGAACAUCAUGUUCCUGGUCUUGCCCCUGGUAGCCGUGGGCGGGUUCGACAUAAACAAGCUGUGGGUCCAGUUCGUGCGAAGCGUCAGCCAGAUGCGUUCGGAGGCGCUGGAGGACUUCUGGGAUAGGGUUCUUGUUUUCUGCGAGGAGCAAUCCCCCACUUACCGAGUCGAGACCUUGACACUGGUGUUUUCUGCUUUGGGUCUGUUUCUCGGUCUGCAUUUCGGAGAUCAGAAUGUCGACUACUGGAUGAGAGGAAAGCACAACAGCACCUUGAUCAAUCCUGUUACAGGCAAUUUAGUACCACCAAAGUGAAAAGCAAAACAGUUUAAUCCAAGCAGUCCCCCAGACGAGGGGUAGUGUUCCGUAUAAAGCCGAAGGCACCACUGUUUUGUGUAAACCUAUUUUGCCCUCUACAUGUAUGUGGGAGGCAGGACCAGUUUCGAAGCGCUGGAGUCUCGUAUUUCAUGUUGGUACUGAGAUACACUAAGCAAUGUGCAGACUACUUUGUAAAUUAUCCGAAAUCGAAAAGGGGGAUCUGUGUUUUUCACGGUACGUUGUAAUAUUUUUUUGGCCGUCGUGUCGCGUCUGUGCACAGUACCUAUGCCGUUUAAAUAUUUUCAUUAAUUCGGCUUUUCACAAGACCAUACUUCAGUAAUAUUGAGAUGUUAUGCAUACUCCUCAUUCUGAAGGAUAGUCUUAAGAUUUACACAUAUGUUUAACCUCAGGUGCGUUUGCUUGUAAUAAAUAACAGAGCUUCAUGAAAGUUGAGACCUCUCUUUAUAUUUGUAGAAAAGAAAAUCGACAGGUGUCAAGACUGAUUUAGCUUAGUGUACAGAAAGCGAUUUGAGUUCACAGAGCUUGAAAUUAGUUCUGGAAUAAAGGGCAUUCAUUCACAUGAACAUUUUUUCAGCUAUCUAAGGUUUUAUGGUAUCAGCCUAUACCGGUAUAAUGUGUGUUUUUACAUACACUUCUUGACUGUGUAGGAUAAAAGUUAAAAGGUCGGACUUGGCAACCAAGUUCACAUGAAGCUUAAAUGCCAAGAGCAAGGUCAAAGAGGAAUUAAUUCUGCUGCUUGGAAAAAACUAUUAAGAUCCACAGGUUUGAUGGGAAAACACGCACGUUUGGAUUUGUUUAACAGUUGAAACUUACAAAUUUGCUGUUUAAUUUAAUAACCCCGUUAAAUGUUACAGAAGGAGAUCGAGAUAGAGUACCACGACGUCACUCUAAAUCCCUGCAAAUAAAUUUACUGGACAACAACGAGGCAAAUAUUUCAAGAAGAAUGAAUUGAAAGUGGUACUCCCUGCACGGCUAAGUUGUGCAGUUUUGCUAACCAGGAAACUAAACUGAAAUGUGUCCUGUUAGUAAAACACUCAGUUUGUUGAUACUUCGAGUUUGAAAGCAAAAGUGACAAAAGCAAGGUGAAUAGCACAAACAUUUCACUUCUGUUUAGGCAAACACGAAACUAUCGACGUAACGAGACUAGCUGAUCUUCACAGCGCUUCUCGUAACACCGGUUAACUGUAGCAUUCACCGUCGGAGGCCGGGGAGGUCAAAAGUCGCAGGUCAAAAAGAGAAUAAUCCAGGGUACUAUUUCCUGGCCUUGUAAACCAUUAUUAAGCCACUCGUGGUUUCAUAGGGUAUAAAUCUAACUAAGUAGGGAGUAGAUUCUCUUUUCGUGUGAGAUAUCGACCCCCUCCUUAGGCCUAUGUCUUGAAGCGAGUUGGUUCAAUCCUUUGAAUAUUUUAUUAUAAAAAUAUCACAAGAGGGCUUGGCUUCGAACACUCACCGUCUGUUUACCUAUACCUUAUGGUCGCUCCAGCCACAAGAAUCUCCCACGAGUUUAUUUAGACAACUGUUUCAUAAAAUGUUUGCGUUCUUAGAGGUUGUGCUUCAUAUUAGUAUUUUUCUAGUGUGAAUCCCAGGUUUUCACGGUAAAUAGUUCAUUGUAUCGAUUGGCCUGAUGUAUUUAAAUGUCAAAAGUAUUUUGUUUCAAAGUGUGUAAUUUCAUUUGAAAAUGAAAAUUAUCAUGCAAAAUCAAAUGAUACGGUUGCGUAAAUACACGUCAAUGUAACACUUGCUUCAAGCGUAUUUGCUGAAAGUAACUAAUCAGGUUUAUUAACUUUUACAUAGGUGUUUGUAAUAUAAUUGAAAGCUUAAAAGGUAUUAUUAAGAAGUAUUAUUUAAAAAUGCAAUGCCACUUUUGAAUGUGUCAUAAUGCUGUAUAUUAAUAAAGUAUGUUGGGAAUCUUAAAUUUGGAAGAAUGAAGAAUAGACGUCGAUGGAAUUUUUGUUGUGUCAGGAGAUGUGUAAAUAACGCAUGAAUUUACUAUUCAUGAACACUGAUGGGGAUAACCCAUGACUCGAAUAAAGACUAAGUUUUGCUAAGUGCA